AUGAACUUUAAGUCAAAGAAUAGAAGACAAUCGAUAUGUAGAAUGAAAAUACUUCUUUGUAAGAAAGUGUUACUACAAACUUUAGUAAGAAAUUGUGAAUCUUCAACAACUGAUGCAAAGUCAGAAUGAAUAAAUUAACUUAAGGAUAUGGUUAUUGAGAAAUUACACUUUACUAUCUAAUAGUUAAUAUCCUAUCUCAAAUAAUUGAAUUUAUCCUUGGGUUCAGAUAAUGAUGUGUCAAAAUAAAAAACAGAAAUUAAAAUGUUAGAGAAUGAGUUAGCUCACAAAACUAAUUAUAUUUAACAAUCCUCUAAAGUAUAUCCUUUCAUA